GGUUUGUGUGUCCGGAGGGGGCGUGUCUAAUCCGUUUCCUGCCGCUAUCUAUAGGCUGUGCUCUAAUCCCACAGAGACGAGCCGGUACUGGGACAUGGCGGCAACCGGGGUACUGCCCUUCAUUAGAGGGGUGGACUUGAGCGGGAAUGACUUUAAGGGCGGCUAUUUUCCAGAGCAUGUGAAGUCUAUGAGCAGUCUGCGAUGGCUAAAACUCAACAGGACGGGUCUGUGCUACCUGCCCGAGGAGCUGUCUUCCCUACAUAAACUGGAGCACCUGUCUGUGAGCCACAACAGCCUGACUACGUUACAUGGAGAGCUGUCGUCCCUCCCUUGCCUGCGGGCCAUCGUGGCACGAGCCAACAACCUUAAAAACUCAGGGAUUCCAGACGACAUCUUCCAACUAGACGACCUCUCUGUGCUGGACCUCAGUUACAAUCAGCUGAGCGAGUGCCCGCGGGAGCUAGAGAAUGGCAAGAACAUGCUGGUACUGAACCUCAGCCACAACAGCAUCGACAACAUCCCCAACCAGCUGUUCAUAAACCUGACAGACCUGCUGUAUCUGGAUGUGAGCGAUAACAAGCUGGACAGUUUGCCCCCUCAGAUGCGACGGCUGGUGCACCUACAGACACUCAUUCUGAAUAACAACCCGCUCUUGCAUGCCCAGCUCAGGCAACUCCCUGCAAUGACCGCCUUGCAAACCCUUCACCUGAGGAAUACGCAGCGCAGCCAAAGCAAUCUACCUACUUCACUGGAAGUCCUGACCAGUCUGUCAGAUGUGGACCUGUCUAUGAAUGAACUGACGCGUAUCCCAGAAUGCCUUUACACACUUUCUAACCUAAAGCGCCUAAACCUCAGCAGCAAUCAGAUCUCCGAGAUAUCCCUGUGCAUCGACCAGUGGGCUCAACUAGAGACUCUCAACCUGGCCCGGAACCAACUCACCUCCCUCCCUUCAGCCAUCUGCAAGCUAGUCAAGCUGAAGAAGCUCUAUCUGAACUCUAACAAGCUGGAUUUUGACGGUAUCCCUUCUGGGAUUGGCAAACUGUCCAACUUGGAGGAGUUUAUGGCUGCCAACAAUAACCUGGAACUCAUCCCUGAAAGUCUGUGCAGGUGCAGCAAACUGCGCAAGUUGGUCCUGAAUAAGAACCGUCUGGUCACAUUGCCCGAGGCCAUUCACUUCUUGACCGAUGUGGAGGUGCUGGAUGUCCGAGAAAAUCCCAACUUGGUGAUGCCACCAAAACCAGCUGACCGCACAUCAGAAUUCUACAACAUCGACUUCUCACUGCAAAACCAGCUCCGUCUUGCAGGAGCCUCCCCUGCAACUGUUGCUGCCGCGGCUGCUGGGGGCAGUGCUACAAAGGACCCCUCGGCCAGGAAGAUGCGCCUGCGCAGGAGGAAAGACACCUCCCAGGAUGACCAGGCCAAGCAAGUGCUGAAGGGAAUGUCAGAUGUGGCAGAAGAGAAGAACAAGAAGACACAGGAGAACGGCGACAUGAAAUACACCGACCAGAAGGCAAGAAGCUGGGUUCAGGGGCUGGAGAAACCCCACUUGGACUAUUCUGAAUUCUUUACAGAGGAUGUUGGUCAGAUUCCGGGUGUGACUGUCUGGCAGAUUGAGAACUUUAUACCCACUCAAGUGGAGGAGACCUUCUAUGGGAGAUUCUAUGAGGCUGACUGCUACAUUGUGUUAAAGACGUACCUGGACAGCCUUGGGGCUCUUCACUGGGAGAUCUAUUACUGGAUUGGCCAGGAGGCCACACUGGACAAGAAAGCCUGUUCUGCCAUCCACGCCGUCAACCUGCGCAACUAUCUGGGUGCUGAAGGUCGCACAAUUCGGGAAGAGAUGGGAGAUGAGAGCGAGGAGUUCAGUCAGGUGUUUUACAAUGAUAUCACUUACAUAGAAGGAGGAACAGCCAGUGGGUUCUAUACAGUAGAAGAAGCACAGUACAUCACCAGGCUUUACAGAAUUUAUGGCAAGAAGAAUAUCCGUCUGGAGCCAAUGCCUCUGAAAUCUUCCUCUUUGGACCCUCGGUUUGUGCACCUGCUGGACCAUGGCACGGAGAUCUACAUCUGGAGAGGAUCUCAGGCCACUCUGAGUAACACUACCAAAGCCAGGCUGUUUGCUGAGAAGAUCAAUAAGAAUGAACGAAAGGGGAAGGCAGAGAUCCUACUGCUCACCCAGGACAUGGAGACGGCUGACUUCUGGGAGUUGCUGGGAGGGCAGCCAGAUGAGAUCAAACCCUGUGUUCCCGAUGACUUCCAACCGCCACGUCCCAAACUCUACAAGGUUGGCCUUGGCCUGGGCUACCUGGAGUUGCCUCAGAUUAACUACAAGAUUUCUGUGGAGCACAAGAAAAGGCCCAAGAUCGACCUGAUGCCAGAGAUGAGGCUGCUGCACACCCUGCUGGACACAAAGAGCGUGUACAUUUUGGAUUGUCACUCGGACAUUUUCAUCUGGAUCGGAAGGAAAUCUUCCCGGCUGGUCCGGGCGGCAGCUCUGAAGCUGGGACAAGAGCUGUGCAGUAUGCUUCACAGACCCAAACACUCCAUAGUGAUCCGGAACCUUGAGGGGACUGAGUGCCAGGUGUUUAAGUCCAAGUUUAAGAACUGGGAUGAUGUUCUUAAGGUUGACUACACAAGGAAUGCUGAGAGUGUGGUACAGACCGUUGGCCUGUCGUGUAAGGUAAAGAAGGACGCGGAAAAAGACCAAAUGAAAGCCGACUUAACAGCGCUCUUCCUCCCCCGUCAGCCGCCAAUGCCAAUUUCCGAGGCAGAGCAGCUGACAGAAGAGUGGAACGAAGAUCUGGAUGGAAUGGAAGGUUUUGUACUGGAAGGGAAGAAAUUUGCCCGCCUGCCAGAAGAAGAGUUUGGGCACUUUUACACCCAGGACUGCUACGUGUUCCUGUGCAGGUAUUGGGUUCCGAUAGAGCAGGAUGAAGAGGAGGAGCAGCGGAGCAAGAAGAGGAAAAUCCACCAAGAUGGAGAAGAGGAUGAAGAAGAGGAGGAGGAGGAAGACAAGCAGCCAGAAGAAGACUUCCAGUGCGUGGUGUAUUUCUGGCAGGGCAGAGAGGCCUCCAAUAUGGGAUGGUUGACUUUCACCUUCAGCCUUCAGAAGAAGUUUGAAAGCUUGUUCCCAGGAAAACUGGAGGUGGUCAGGAUGACCCAGCAGCAGGAAAAUGCAAAGUUCCUCUCGCACUUUAAGAGGAAGUUUAUUAUCCACAAGGGGAAGAGGAAAACCAAAGAUGUGGAGCUUCAGCCAAGCCUCUACCACGUACGCACCAAUGGGAGCGCUCUCUGCACCAGGUGCAUCCAGGUCAGUACAGACUGCAGCCUGCUUAAUUCUGAGUUCUGCUACAUCCUAAAGGUCCCCUUCGAGAGCAUUGAUAACCAAGGCAUAGUGUACACGUGGGUCGGCAGAGCCGCAGAUCCGGAUGAAGCCAAACUCUCUGAGGACAUCAUGAAUCACAUGUUUGAUGACACCUACAGCAAACAGGUGAUAAACGAAGGGGAAGAACCUGAGAACUUUUUCUGGGUGGGCAUAGGAGCUCAGAAACCCUAUGAUGAGGAUGCAGAUUACAUGAAGUACUCCCGUCUCUUCAGGUGUUCAAAUGAGAAGGGCUAUUUCUCGGUGUCGGAGAAGUGCUCAGACUUCUGUCAGGAUGACCUCGCAGAUGAUGACAUUAUGUUGCUGGACAACGGCAGGGAGGUUUACAUGUGGGUGGGAACGCAGACCAGUCAGGUGGAGAUCAAGCUGAGUUUAAAGGCCUGUCAGGUUUAUAUUCAGCAUAUGAGAGCCAAAGACACUGAGCAUCCUCGCAAACUGCGCCUGGUCCGCAAGGGUAACGAGCCUCACGCCUUCACACGCUGCUUCCAUGCUUGGGGUGCUUUCCGUAAACCCCCAUCCUAGAUCCAUCCCACUAUACACAAGACUUUAUACCAGGUUUUUCCCUAAGAAGAUGAGUGGCUGCUCUUGCUAUAGAGAGAUCUCUCAACUAAUCCCACACCCGUCACCAGCUCUCCUGCCUCGGGCGAUUAUUUGGCAACUCCAGUCAGUGUUUAAAGGCGUCUGCACCUUAGUGUGGAAAUAUUUUAUAUUCUGUAAAGUCCGACUCUCACUGCUACUGUCUGUGGUUUUAUAUACUGAAAAGUGUGGUCUUUGUGAAACUGACACUAGGUGGUGCUCUCUGCUGGCAUCGCAUGAGUUGCGUGAGGUUGGGUGUUCUAACAGGACAGGCUCGGUUCUCCAGAUGACAUUAAGGGUAGGGCAGAUUUAUCAAAACGCCAGUUCAGAUUUUAAUAAAUAAAAACUCACCCGCGUUCUAUUAAUUCCAACGGGAUUUGUAGAAGGAUAUUUAUCAACGGGUGAAAAUUGGAACUCGCCACUUCAUAAAUAUGCUUCCAAAAAUCCCAUAGGAAUGAAUAGAACUUGGGUGAGUUUUUAUUUAUUAAAAACGGAAUUCACAUUUUGAUAAAUAUGCCCCUAAGCUUCAACUCCCAGCAUGCACCAAUGCUGAAGGUGCUGGGAGUUGCACUUCAACGUCAUCUGGAUGGUGACGACAGGGUGAAUUUCUUACAACAGGAUUUUAAUAUCCGAUAUAGAUCUUAAAGUGACAGCUGUAGCCAUUUCUAUAUGACUAAUUAUAUGGUAUUUGUCACCAAAAACACUAGUUUACUGCUGGCUCCUACCUGGAGGGAGGUUGGUAGGUGUUCUUUAGUGACUAUGAAGCGCUGGAGACCUUGCUCCCCCAGGGUAUGAAGAAACACUUAUCUCUCUAUAGAAGAGCCUAGGGCUGGACAACCCCAAUAAAGAUCAGAGCAACAGGUUCUUAUUUAAUCAGUGACUGUGGAUGGAGGGAUCUGUUCUUGACCCUGCUGGCCUCAAAACUGCCUGUCUAACAAGGCCACACCUUACACCCUGUGGGUCCUUACACUUGUUUCUUAGCACUGUGCUAAGGAGAAUGGGGUGGGGGGGAUGACAGAUAUUUACUGUAUGAGCUUUAUACUAUUUUAAUAAAUUUGCACUUCACAUAGA